GUUUAAGGAAAAUAUAGCAGAUAAUACCAAACAAGCAAAAUAUUUACAUUUAACCUAAAUUUUUCAGCAAUUUACUGUGCAUGAUCUCAAACCUGUGACACAAUUUUGAGGAUAACUUAAGGUAAAACAUGGCAGUCUCAGGAAAGAAAGCUUCUAAACAAUUUUCAUCAUUAGCAACAUCCAUGGCAUCAGAUGAAGAUCUUCAACUUUACUGCCAGCCUUGUGACGAGGAGGGAACUACACUACCUGCCUAUGGUUUCUGCACUGACUGCAAGGAACACCUCUGCAAGAAUUGUUUUACAGCACACAAAGUGAGUAGGCUUUCCAAACAUCACACACUUCAGGACGCUACUAAUAUGCCUAAAGUUUUGCAGCACCCCUCAACAUCCAUUGACUCAGGCCAGUCUGAUGCUCUGACCACACCAUGUCUUAAACAUCCACAAGAAACGAUCAAGUUCUACUGCAAUAAUCAUACAGAAUUUCUUUGCAGUGUUUGUGUUACCCUUGAACAUCAAGCUACCCCCUGCAAUGUUGAUUAUAUACCAGACAUUUCUGGUGAUAUAAUAGACAGCAAAGAAUAUCAAGUUAUCUUUAAUGCAGUAAAUACUACUUCUGCAAGAUUUCAACAGAUUUUAAAAGAUGUCAAGGACAGUACACACAAAUCAAACAGCUCUCUCAAAGAUGCAUUAGUUGACAUUAAAAAGUUUCGGCAAGAAAUCAACGAAAUACUAGAUAAACUUGAGAGACAGGCUGAAGAUGCAGCUAAAGUAAUAGAACAAGAUAACAACACACACAUCUAAAAGCAGUAGAAACAAAAUGUGAAGAUAUAACCAAAUCUCUGAGAACAUCAUCAGAUAACAUCAAACAACUUAACACAUCAAAACAGGCCAACAAACUGUUCAUGGAGCUUAAACUUGCAGAGAAAACAAUACAGAAUAUGGCAAAAACACAACGACUUUUAUCAUAUGAUAUAAAGAGCACACCUUUCAAUCCAAUGAUGCCAUAUUAAAUAUUGUCAAAACAGAGAAGUCUUUAGGUACAUUGACAAAAAAAAACUUUAAAUAAAAAAAUCUCAGUCAGUACAAAUUACGCCUAGACAAACUGCAGAUGAGGGAAAAAUCAAUGUGAAGACAUCAAAAGAUAAAACAAGAUGCUGGAUAACAGGAAUGGCUUUGCUGACUCAUGAUCUUAUUAUCAUUACUGACGGCAAUAACAAAGCUGUUAAGAUGGUGGAUACCAGCAGUCAAUCUGUGUCUGAUCAACUACAACUAGAUGGUGAACCAUGUGAUAUCACAACAGUAACCAGUACUGAACUUGCUGUCGCACUUCCUCACAUACAGACCAUACAGUUUAUAUCAAUCUCAUCAAACCAACUCAUUAAGAAGCACACUCUGAAGGUUGGUGGAGACUGUCGUGGUAUAAGCUGUUAUCAAGGUAAACUUGUUGUGGCAUUUCUUAGUCCUGCAAAACUACAGAUCCUUGAUAUGAAUGGCACUAUACUGACAACAAUUGAUGGAAAAAAUAUUUUUAAAUAUCCACAUUAUGUCACAUGUAAUAGAAGUUCAAUCUAUGUAUCAGACUGGGACAUAAAGCCAGUGACAAGAUUAAACUGGCAAGGUGAAGUGAUAGGUAGUUAUAGUGGUAUGAAUUACCCUUUAGGAAUGUCACUGUCAGAUGAUGGUACUGUCUUUGUGUGUGAUUGGAAGAAAAAUGUUAUAGAAGAAAUAUCAGGAGAUUGUUCUACAGGAAAGGUGGUGCUGCAGGAUCUGAAGGCACCAUUCGCUGUAUGUUGGUGUGGAGAAACAAAGAAGCUGUAUUAUAGCUGUGAUACUGUAGAUGAAAAGUAUAGCAACUUCCUUCAAAUCUAUAAACUGUCGUAGAACAAUACAACUUUAACUGUAUUAUCAAAACAAGUUAAUACAUAAUUAACUGCAUACUUUUGUUAUUUUGUCUACAUUAAAGUGGAUGGAUCUACAGUGGGCACAUGUUCCAAUAUUGUUUCAAAAACUGAUUUAAAAUAAUAAAAAUGAUAUCAUUUGCAUAUUCUUAUAAAAUAUUGCUUGGAAAGUUCUAAGUGGUGUACAUAGUAUGAACAUUUAUAUCAUGAAUUAAAAAUUAUUUUGCGGUUUGUUAUUAUAUCUAAUACUUAACAUUAUCAACAUAUUUUUUUUGUAUCACAAACCAUCCAUUAUAGACCGAUUCAAUUUAAGUCAUUAAAAAUAAAGUUUGUUUUGUCAUAAAAACAUAUUACCAAUGAGGAAAAUAAUUUUAAUGGAAAAACUGCUUUAAAAAUCUAUAAGCUUAUUUGAUUUUGUUACAUAUUCUUUAAUAGACGUGACUGAUAAAUGAUCUGAGGAAAUCUAAAUGCUGAAGAAGAAUAACUAGUGUGAUUAUUUAACAAGAAAGCUACAAUAAUAAAAAUACCGAAAUACUUCCUGUAAAAAAUAAAAAAAUAAUUUAUCAACUGCAAAUUCAUAAAAUUCCCUUUAAAAUACUAUUUCAUGCCUACUUAUAAUGUA